AUGAAGAUCGCAAUUGCAGGUGCCGGUGAUGUUGCGGCUUACUUCAUUGAAGAGUUCAGUCAAUCCCCGCAUGAGACUGUUGUCCUGAGCAGGUCUUUGGAGAGAAAUCCUUCCAUGUCAAAUAUUGAGAUAAGAACGACAGACUACACCGUCGACAACUUGAAACACAAUAUCCAAGACUGUGAUGCUAUUGUUUCAACCCUUGCCGGACCGAACGAAGCAUAUGUUGCUUCUCACCUGGCGAUUCUGGAAGCCUGUAUACAAUCCCCUAGGUGCAAGCGGUUCAUACCAUCAGGAUGGACAAUAAACAUGGAAGACUUUCCUGAUCAGCCUCUAUAUCUUUCAAAGUCACGAAACGCAGUUCUCAAGGCCUUGCGUGCUCAGAGCGAAGUGAAAUGGUCGUUCAUGUGCAACUACUGGUUUAUGGACUAUAUUCUCCCUGCCUCAAAUCGAUUUUUGAAGGACAUUGGGAACGAAUGGCUCAUGAACCAUACAACGAAGGUCUUUGAUUUGUAUGGGGACGGGAUGCAAGAGAUCACCUUAACCUCCGCGCGUGAUACCGCCCAGGCCACUCUCGCACUCCUGCAAGCACACGAUAUCCCAUGGAGCGACUUUACCCAUCUGAGUGGCCAAACAUUGACACCCCGUGAGCUUUUUGCUUUGCUGAAAAGGCAUGACCCGAGCUGGAGUCUGCGGAAUAUCACAUUGACCGACGUUUUGCGUGAUAUUAUCGAUACGAAUGCGGUUGAGAGUGGCGUUUCUGGGGUUUUAAGACUGGUGGGCUUUACGAAUUGUGGCAAAAGCCCGUCCGAGAGAACUUUACAGUGGAACACUGGAAUUUUAGCUGGCGUGCAUGGACGUGACGUGGAAAGCUUUUUGGCGGAUGGGAGAACAAACCGAGUACCUUAA